AUGGCUUUAUGUCCUAAACCAUAUAAUUUGAAAAAAGACAUUCAAUCUGCGACACCACAAUUAAUUGCCAGUAAUAAUAAUAACAAUAAGCGCGGCUGUAAUUUUUUAUAUCCGUCGGCAACAAAUAAGAAGAUAUGUCUUCAACAGUUUAAGCAGCAGCAGCAGCAGCAGCAGCAGCAGCAGGAUGUUUCCGCUGCCGCUGCCACUGCAACUGCCACUGCAACUGGUUCUGCGUCGUCUGCGCCUUUCCAAUUGACUAGUAAUAAUAAUAGAUUGUCACUUCCUAAAAAUUAUUACUCAUCGUCGUCUUCAGAUGAUGAUUCCGAGGAUGAGCAGUCAUGUUAUAAUGCUGACCAAGUAAGGGCACACAGAAGGGCUUCCUCAAGAGUAUUAUUUACGGUUGAUUCUCGAUUGUCAAGGGCAAUAUCUCAAUAUAGUGACGGUGAGGACAAUAGGAAUGACAACAGCUAUGAUGAUGAUGAUGAUGACUUUUACGAUAAAGAGAAGAAAAAUAGAAGGGAACGUUUUUUCCAAUCUCGAAGAACAUCUGAUUCUUCAAUCAAAAUAUUAAAAUCCGACCACGAAAUUGCCAACUUGGACUGCAAAUUGGUUUCAAGUCCAAUUAGUAGUAGCAUCUCAUUAAAGAAGAUGUUUGGUGAUAGCGGUAGUAGGAGCAGAAUCAUGACUGAUGGUUGUGAAGGUAAAAACAAAGAAGAAGAUUGCCGCGACAAUGACGACGACAAUGAUGACGACGACAAUGAAGAACAAGAAGAAGGAGAUUUAAGUCAUGCUGUUGCCGUUGCUGAUAAAAAUGCUCGUGUUCGUUGCUUUGAUUAUUUGAUUGGAGCAAUUGAUGAAGCAUGGGCUAGGUACUGUGAUGCAACAACAUACGUUGAAGACGAAGUUCACGGGUACAUUACUCCAGCAUCUUUAGCUUCAGAUGGUGACGAUGACGACAAGGAGUUGAUGAAUUUAAAGCAACGAUUAGUGAGAUCAAAAGAUUUUCUUCAAGAUCACAUUGAGUCGCACGAUAUUAAUGAUGUCAGGAAAUUCUGGCAUAGGUGGGACAUUUCAAAAUAUCAAAUGUUGGACGUGAUGGAAGAUGACGAUGAUGUUUUAGAUGAGCUCGAAUCUGGUCGCAGAAUAUUCUGA